GUAAAAGUUAAAUUGUUUAUUACCUCCUCUAAUGUCAAGAAAUUAUAGACUACGAAUGUCAAAACAAUCAGAUUUUUAAGUUUUAUGUUAUCUUCAGAGUUUGUAAUUUGCUAUUUGCUUACAAAUAAUAUUUCUCACAAUAAUGGCUAUACAUAAAUAUUUUAUAGUAGUUUCGUUUAUUAUUCUCAAUUCGUUGAACUUCACGUUUGGUAUAUUUUUUCCUUACGUUUACCCUAGAAUAAAGUUUGAGGCAAAACUUCAUGGAGAUGCGGGUGAACCGCUAUUGCUUACACCUUUUAUAGAAAACGGCGAUAUUGAAUCAGCAAGAAAUAUGUCCCGUGUUUUGUUUACUGAAAAAAUCGGCUUUAGAAGUCAUGCAGGAUUUUUAACUAUUAAUGCUAAGUAUAAUUCCAACCUAUACUUUUGGUACUUCCCACCUUUUAAUGAAAACACUGGAGCACCUGUUGUAUUAUGGCUUCAGGGUGGUCCAGGAGGAAGUUCAUUGUUUGGCUUAUUUACAGAAAAUGGUCCCCUCAUAGCCAGAAAAGAUGGAUUCUCAUUGAGAAAAUACCAUUGGGCUCAUGAAAAUCAUCUUAUUUAUAUUGACAACCCAGUCGGAACAGGAUUUAGUUUUACAGAUAAUGAAAAUGGUUACUGUUCUGACGAAAAUUGUGUAGCAAAAGGUUUGUACAACUUUUUGCAGCAAUUUUACAAGCUUUUUCCACAGUUAAGGAAUAAUAAUUUUUUCAUUAGUGGAGAAUCAUAUGCAGGGAAAUACCUUCCCUCCUUAGCUAUGGAAAUUCAUCAGCAAAACCAUCGAGGGUUGACUAAGAUAAACUUAAAGGGACUAGCUUUGGGAAAUGCUUACUGUGAUCCGUUGAACCAGAUGGAUUAUGGAAAUUAUCUCUACCAACAUGGCAUGAUAGAUGAUAAACAAAAAUUAGUUUUCCUCAAGAUGCAGAAGAAAAUAUCUGAUGAAAUCAAGAAACAGAAUUGGGCUGAAGCUGGCAUUCUAAUGAACACAUUAAUGGAUGGAGACCUCACUAACUUCUCGUAUUUUAACAACUAUACAGGCUUUGAGAAUUAUUACAACAUACUAGAGCCUAUAGAUAAAACAAAUGUUAGUAUUUUUGAGGCACUUCUAAACAGUGAUAAAAUAAGGCGCAGUGUACAUGUUGGCGGUCUACCAUUUCACUCUGGUAAAGAUGUUCAAAUGCACUUAGCAUUUGACAUUUUAAAGUCAGUUGCAUUAUCAAUAUCAGAACUUCUUUCACAUUAUCGCCUUAUGUUUUACAACGGCCAGUUGGAUAUUAUAGUUGCAUAUCCAUUGACAGAAAACUUCCUACGUAACUUAAAUUUUUCAUCAGCAGCUGAAUAUAAAGUGGCUAAAAGAAGAAUCUGGAGGGUCGGAGAUGAAAUUGCGGGAUAUAUAAAAAAGGCUGGUAAUCUCACCGAGGUUUUAGUCAGAAAUGCUGGUCAUAUGGUGCCACAUGACCAGCCUAAGUGGAUGUUUGAUCUUAUAACACGAUUUAUUAAGAAUCAAUUAUAAUGCCCCUCAUAACCACACACUUGGUUUUUUUUAAUGAACAAAGUACAGCUUUAUUAUUUUUCUCAUAUCUUUAAUGUAUUUUCAUUAUAAUUUUGUUUUUGUAGUCAUUCCUUACAUGUUUUUUAUUGGAAUUGGAUCUGAUAAUAAUUUGAGAUAAAACACGAUUUGUGAUAUUUUUAUGCCUUUCUGAUGUAUCUAUGAUGCACUAUGACUGUUGUCUUUAUUUAUUAAAAAAAAAACAUUAAAAUUUUU